AUGGGACAAAAGCGCGAAAAGUGGCUCAAGUUCAACCACUUCAAGGCGACCAUCAAGGAGGCGCUGACGAAGCUGAACGAGCUGGUGGACGAGUCCGACCCCGACACCGACCUGCCCAACAUCGUGCAUGCCUUCCAGACGGCCGAGAGGAUUAGAGAAGACCACCCUGAUGACGACUGGUUCCAUUUGACUGGGCUGAUCCAUGAUUUGGGGAAGACUGCUGAGAGUAUUAGGGAAGACCACCCUGAUGAUGACUGGUUCCAUCUGACCGGGCUCAUUCAUGAUUUGGGGAAGCCUGAAGGCUGCAAAGAGAAGGCCAAGGAGGCGCUGACGAAGCUGAACGAGCUGGUCGACGAGUCGGACCCCGACACCGACCUGCCCAACAUCGUGCACGCCUUCCAGACGGCCGAGAGGAUUAGAGAAGACCACCCUGAUGAUGACUGGUUCCAUUUGACUGGGCUGAUCCAUGAUUUGGGGAAGGACAUGCCUUCCAGACCGCCGAGAGGAUCCGGGAGGAUCACCCUAAUGAUGACUGGUUUCUAUCCUCAUUGA